AUGGUGAAUGAAGAGCCCAACCAACAGGCGCACGAUGGCAGCCCUGCGCAGGAGCCUGCCCUGCGCGCGGAUCCCAGCGCCUCGGCCCACCCCAGCGUGUCGGCCCACGCCAGCGUCUCCACUCACCCCAGCGUCUCCAUUCACCCCAGCGUGUCGGCCCACCCGAGCGUGUCGGCCCACCCCAGCGUCUCCAUUCACCCCAGCGUGUCGGCCCACUCAAGCAGUUCUGCCCACCCCAGAACCUUGGCCCAGCCCGGUGGCUUGGCCUACCCCAGUAGCUCGUGCCCCGAGGACCGUAGCGUGAUCAAGGUGAGCAAGCGCCGCUGGGUGGUGGUCCUGCUGUUCAGCUGCUACUCCAUGUGCAAUGCCUUCCAGUGGAUCCAGUACGGCUCCAUCAAUAACAUCUUCAUGAACUUCUACGGGGUCAGUGCCUUUGCCAUCGACUGGCUGUCCAUGUGUUACAUGCUGACCUACAUCCCUCUCAUCCUGCCCGUGGCCUGGCUGCUGGAGAAAUUCGGCCUGCGCACCAUCGCCCUCACUGGCUCUGCUCUCAACUGCCUGGGGGCCUGGGUGAAGUUGGGGAGCCUGAAGCCACAUCUCUUCCCAGUCACCGUCCUAGGCCAGAUCAUCUGCUCUGUGGCCCAGGUCUUCAUCCUGGGCAUGCCCUCCCGCAUUGCUUCUGUCUGGUUUGGGGCUAAUGAGGUCUCAACGGCCUGCUCCAUAGCUGUCUUUGGCAAUCAGCUUGGAAUUGCAAUUGGGUUCUUGGUCCCUCCUGUUUUGGUACCCAACAUCGAAGACCGGGACAAGCUUGCCUACCACAUCAGCAUCAUGUUUUACAUAAUAGCAAGCGUGGCUACUCUGCUUUUCAUCCUUGUCAUCAUCGUAUUCAAGGAGAAGCCUAAACAUUCCCCCAGCAGGGCCCAGUCCCUGAGUUAUGCCUUGGCAUCCCCUGAUGCUUCGUACUUAAGUUCCAUUGUCCGGAUCUUCAAAAACCUCAACUUUGUGCUGCUCGUCAUCACCUACGGUCUGAAUGCUGGUGUUUUUUAUGCCUUGUCCACUCUGCUGAAUCGCAUGGUGAUCUUGCACUACCCGGGGGAAGAAGUGAAUGCUGGAAGAAUCGGCCUGACCAUCGUCAUUGCAGGAAUGCUUGGGGCUGUGAUCUCAGGCAUCUGGCUGGAUAGGUCCAAAACCUACAAGGAGACAACCCUGGUGGUCUACAUCAUGACCUUAGUGGGCAUGGUGGUGUACACAUUGACCUUGAACCUGGGAUAUCUGUGGGUCGUGUUCAUCACCGCUGGCACAAUGGGCUUCUUCAUGACUGGCUACCUCCCGCUGGGAUUUGAGUUUGCUGUGGAGCUGACAUACCCAGAAUCAGAAGGCAUGUCGUCUGGCCUCCUGAAUGUGUCUGCCCAGGUAUUCGGGAUCAUCUUCACCAUCUCCCAGGGCCAGAUUAUUGACAACUAUGGAACCAUGCCUGGGAACAUCUUUCUCUGUGUUUUCCUCACCCUUGGAGCGGCCCUCACUGCAUUCAUUAGGGCAGAUCUUCGGAGGCAGAAAGCAAACAACGGAACUCCUGAGAAUAAACUCCAGGGGCAGGAGGAGGAGGAGGAGAGCAACACCAGCAAAGCGGCCACCACUGUGUCCGAGGAGCAUUUCUGAGAGAAAAGGUGGUGGCCAGCGCUCCCCACCUCUUCGGUCAGCCCUCGCUGCCGGCACGCGGGUCUUCGCUGGAGCAGCUUUUGGAGGGAACCGGCUGGAAUGUCUGUGGCUUGGACGGCAGUGCCUCUGCCUCCUGGAACCCUCUCAGGAGCUGGCCUGGUCUAGCGGGGGAAGAUGGCACCUUUCACCGAACGCACGCUCGAUACCCGCCCCCUCCCCCCGGCAGGCUGAGGGAGCUGGUGUUGGGAGAGACUGGUGGAGAAUGGGGGUGCCUUGCCGUCCCCCUUCACCUGCAUCCCGCAAGGAGGGAGCCUGCAAAAUUAUCACGGAGAGAAAGCUUAUUCAGGUUAUUAACUUUUUCUAGAAUGGCAAGACCCCUGGAAGCCCAGUUCUACGGAGAGGCAGCUGCUCUGGGUGAGGGUAAUUUGGGGCUCAUCACACUGGCUGCUAAUGUUCUGGGGGAGAGAGAGCGCCAUCAGGAAACAUCAGAACAGAUCCAUCAGGACUCGGCCUCGCUUCUCCUGCCCUAAGCUUGGGGUCUGUUUCCAGACCCUUUCCUGAGAGCUGAUCAAACCAAACAUCAAUAAACUUGACAGAAACUUUGCUGUGGCCGUGAAGGAGAAGCCCGUUGGGGAGGGUGACGUGCCUGGGUGUGGGAGGGCACUGGUGAAGGCCUGAAUUUGGGAACUGUGGUAGCUUGAUUUGGGGACAGGAAGGUUGUUUUCUACAAAAUCUCUGCCCAGGACUUCUGUGUGUGUGUCGUCACCUCUGAUGCCUUCACGUGGACCCUGCCUUGAGAAGCUCUGCCAUCCUCCUCAGCGCUUCCUUUCUCUGAAGGGAGGGAAAUCCCAGCCAACUUCCUGUAACCUUUACUGAAAACUAACCUUGUUUCAUUCCACCCUGAGAAAUCCACACUGCUUCUGAGAGAGGAGAGGAAAGGGGCAGAAGGAAAGGUGGCCCUUGAAAUGGGCAUUGAGUCUGCUUGAAUUAAGUGCCUCCUGCCUCUGGAGGGGAUCGUAUUCGCACACCCACCCCUCCUCCCCAUCCUCUUCCAGAAAUCUUUUAACAGAUAUUGUGAAUUUAAAGGGAUUCCCUUUAAACCAACCCAGGGUGACCUCCUUGCCUGCCCAGCCUGCUAUUUGGCUCUACUCACGGGCUGGGGUAGUGUCCCCUGAAAAUAAGACGUUUUAGUAAUUUCUCCUGCAUUGAGCAGCUGUGAUCAUGACCAUGGUGCUGUUUGGCUGUGACCACUGCCCGGUCUUGGCGUCCAGGGGCAGCCUGGGUUGGCAGGAGGGCCAGGGUGCCUGGGCCAUUGCCCGAGGGGAGCUGGGUGUGCGUGUGUGUGUGUUUGUACAGACAUUCCGGAUGUUCUGUAUGUAAGAGAAGUUCACACCUCUGCUGGGGGGUGGAAGAGAGGUGGAGAGAAAGCAUGUCUUGCUUUUUGAUAAGGAGAAAGGUGUUCACUCUUCAGCUCCUUAAAACUUUUUAACAAAAUGUUUACCAGAUUAUUCAUUCCUUUAUUUUAAAAGCAUGAUUUGUAUUUUCUACCUGUAAUACCGGAUGUUUUAAGACAAUAAAAGAUUCUCCAAGUGGUCU